AUUGACAUGCGAUCACUGGAGUACGCCUUGCCGCCCGACGAGAACCUCAUGUGUCCAAUCUGCCGGUGUCCCUACGUCGACCCUGUUGUGCUUGCAGAGUGUGACCACUGCUUCUGCCGCGAUUGUAUACGGCAGUCCUGGGCAUCGACAUACAACCCAAUGGGUCCUCGGGGAGACUGUCCAACUUGCCGUACGCCCGCUAAGCUUGGCUUGCGUUCUUCUACCAACAGGAUCCUGACGAACAUACUUGAUGAUCUACUGGUGCAGUGUCCAAAGAGCGAAGACGGCUGCACAGCUGUCGUCAAGCGGGGCGAGGUUCUAACCCACAUCAAUAUCUACUGCGGUUACGCCUUGCAGGAGUGCACAGGCGAUGACUGUGAGUUGCCCAUACGACGCAAAGAGGCCCCCCGAGGCUGCCAACACUAUGGUGUAAGUUGCAUUGACUGCCACGAGUCUAUGUACAAAUCAAAUUUGGAACUACACUGGCGAUCGAUGUGCCCGGAUCGCAGAGUGAGAUGCGACCUUUGCAAAGGAGAUGUCUUCUACCGCGAGCUUGACGUGCACAGCAAAGAAACCUGCCCCGCAAUCAGCAUACCAUGUCCUGGCGCUGGGCUCGGCUGUACGAGUCGCAGUAAGCGCUCCCUGGCUGAGGUGCAUGCCAAAAGUUGCACUUUCGCGAAGCUUGCGCCAGUCAUAGCAGCACAGAGCCAACGAAUGGAUGAGCACGAAGCGGCGCAGAGAGUCAUGGGGAAGAAGCUAGAGGUACUGGAGACUGGCUUUGCGGCGAUGGAGCAGAUAUUCGCAGGGCCAGAGUCGGGAUUCCAACCCAACAAUCGAAUGACAGCAAACCCGCUUCCCGUUCGCAGUUUCCACGAAGCGUUACCCACCGAAUUCGACACCGCAUUCCCACCGCCUGCAGCAAACGGCCCAUACACCUCUCCCUUACACCACCUUCUCUCUAUGCAUGAAUCGCUGCGUGACGAGAUGUCCCGCAUGUCGUCUGCCCUUUCCGAGCUUGAUGGCCGCCACAGCAUGGCGACGCUCAACGAGAAUCUGCGCACACGCGAGGAGAUCAGCUACCUAGGCGCACAGGUGGCGGGGUUGAGCCGACAGGUGCAUUGGUUGACUAGCGCGCAGUUGCAAAGACAA